UGCUGCCGAUUGGUGCCAUCUGUCAUCGUCAGUCAGCCGAGCAAACAUGGAGUCCGUUUCACAUCUCAUCAAGGUGUCUGUGCCAAACUAUUUAGCUGGCCUACCGAUCCCGGAUUCGAUAGGCGGAUGGUUUCGUUUAGGAUUACGAGACUGGUUAGUCCUCCUGCCACCCACUGCCUUUCUUACGGGAUUGGGAUAUAUGUCCUACAGAGCAUUUUGCCCUCAUGGUAGACCUGCGCCAUGUGGACGUGUUAAUGUCAAAAUAAAGAAGGAUGUUGCUAAAGUAGUGGAUUCUGUUGAUAUCGAAGAUAUUUCUGAAAAAGCUGUGUUUUGUCGUUGCUGGAAAUCUGAUAAUUGGCCAUACUGUGAUGGUACCCAUGGGCGUCACAAUAACGAGUAUAACGACAACGUGGGUCCGCUUAUUAUCACAAACAAAAAGAAUUAAUUACCGUUACAUAGAUUGUUUAUGUAAAAUACUUACUCGCUAUAUUGUAGAUAAAUAAGAGGUUAGAUAAAUAAAUUUAUCGCCCCUUUGUAGAUAAAUUUUAUGAAAGAAAUACUCUUUGUAUUUAUCAAUUUGUUUUUUAAAAUAUCUGGAUAUUAAAUGAAGGUUUAUAAAUAAAUUAUUUCUGAAAUA